CCCAAGUGUUUAACUAUGGGUUUUACGCAAUUAAGACAGCUACUACAAAACUAAAAGAUGGGAUGAUUCGUGUGGUUCUUGGAUCGGUCACGUUACUCCGAAAGAAGACAUAGCCUAAGUCUUUGUCAUCAAUGAAGUUUGGUUUCUGAUUGAUGCAACUGGUCCCCUACUUCGGUAUAAAUUCCACAACUUACCCAGAGAUUACAAAACCAAUAAAAAAAAAAGUUUUCACAAGGUUAAAAGUGGGCACAAGAUGAUUCAGGCUGAUUUGGUUCUCUUUUUCAAACUGCAAUAGCUUUUACCCGUUAAAGAAACAUCUUCUCAUCUCCCUAUUAAUAUUUAUAAUCCUAAAACGGGUAUUUUCUUUAAGUGUGUUUUUCUCUCUUAAGUUAAUUCGCAUUUGUUCAAAACAUCUGGCUACAUCUGGCUUCUCGGAUCUUUAGGAAUGAUGAAAUGGGGAAGAAAGAAACAUGUUCCUUCUUCAUCUUCUUUGUCUCGUGCUCAUCAUGUUUCUUGGUUUUCAAAGUUGAGAGGUUCUUCUGACUUGAAACCUGCACAGGAGAAGAAGCAUCAUGAUGAAGCUAGCCAGAAGAUGUCUACAAAAUCUUCCUUGAGUUCUACUAAACCUCGAAAUGAUAUUCAUGAGAGCAGCAAAAGGUUACAGAGAGUAUCAGUAGAAAAGGAGAACGUUGCAAAAAGGUCAGCAGGCAUGGAGUCAAAUGAGAAGUUUGAAGAGAUCAUGAGCAGUGUGAAGAAGAAAGCAAGAGAUUACCAAAGAGAGACGCGUGGCUUCCUAGAAGUAGAGGCAAUGGAUAGAGACAAAGGAGCAACGGUGAUCAUGACGCCAAGAAUUCACGUGAACAGAGAUAAGAAGAGACGUGACCAAAAGCUUCUCCUACAAAAACCAAAGAGAUCAGAACAGGAGUCAGAGGUCAAGGUGCAAAAACCAGCCACAAGAACAUGUACAAGAAGCUACAGUAGAGAAGAUUUUGUGAAGCUGAAGGAAAUAAAACUAAGAGAAGUGAAGCUGAAGGCUGACCAACAGAGGAAAUCUAUGUACCUAAGAAGGGAGCUAGGAAUAAAAGAAAACAGCAAUGUUAGAGUCUUUUCACCAAGAACAUGCAGAGUUAAAGCUAUGGAAGACUUGAAGAAGGCUAAACUGAGAGCACGUGACCACGAUGGAGGAGGAACAGAGAAGGAAAGCUUUGCAGUUGUGAAAUGCUCGAGUGAUCCUCAGAAGGAUUUUACAGAUUCAAUGGUGGAGAUGAUCAUGGAGAAUGGUAUUAUCAACCACCCUGAAGAACUCAAAGAGCUUCUGGUUUGUUAUCUUAGACUCAAUACCAAUGAAUAUCAUGACAUGAUCAUCAAUGUGUUUCAGCAGGUGCACAGUGAUUUAUAUUUACAUUAAUUUUGGUGUAGAAUAGUAAUUAUCCCUCAGUUUUUAAUAUUGGAGUUUUAUAGAAUUUGUUUUUCCAAAUUAGAUGACUUUUUCUAUUUAACUUUGUAUCACCCUUAGUAUUUUCUUGUGUAUUUUAUUA